AUGCCGCUCCCUAAGUUCCUCCGCAAGCAGACGCCAGUGCUCGUUCCUCUUCUCCGGCGAUCAAUUCAGGCUCCUGUUCUGGUAGCGGGGUCUAGCAGGAGGGCGUUCGCCAAUUCAAUCUCUAGACGCAAUUCUGCUCCCACCGAUUCCACACUUACCUCCGAUACCCCAGAGUCAAAACCAUUACCGUUGCUUUCAGAUGUGACCAGUGCGUUUGACGAGACGCCGGAGGAUCCUCAACCGGACUGGGGCCUGGGUUCGACACCCCCAGAAGAGGCGACGGGGGAGCCGGGGGGAGAUGCUUUUUCCGAGGAUACGGAUGGGGGACUAAGGUUGAAAAAGGUUUUCAUUGAUCACCGUUCCCGGAUUAGCAUUUUCCGGCCAGUCCUUUCCCGUGGUGGACCUACUAUUCGUAGACGAAAUACUGAUCUUGAGUCCGGCGAGCCUUCGGCAGAGUGGGAGCGGUGGCAGAGUAAUUUCCGUAUUCGAAGAGUCACGACCGAAGGCCUUGCAAAGGUCUCGCGAGUCUACCGAAUACCGGUUUCCAUGGUUGAGAAGGAUGUUGAUCCUACCCGUGCUAAGCUGGACGGUCUAUUGAUGAAAGUUGAGGUCCCCCGGGCAUUGGGGGCUACCAUGGGCCGCAUGGUGUACAUUAGCCCAGAGUACCUAGUUAGGGAAUGGAACUUUUGGAAGCGCGGGCACAAGCGGACUAUGGAACAGGAAUCGCCGUUCGCUAUAGAGUUGGGUAUCGAGAUGACCAAAUUGACAACGAGGGAGAUAUACAAUUAUUGGUAUGCGCAAGAGGGCUUGGGGGGGCGUCCUACUCCAGAACUGGAAUUUGUGCAGAGCUUGGUGAGGGAGACUCGGCGUUCGUAUGUGAGGAAUUCGCUUGUCCUCAAGGACACUGUUGACUCUCUGCGGUAUUCCCGCAACGUUAAACGGAUCAUAGAAUCCCUAGAGAGCGGCGGUAUCCUUUUCGAGGCUUCGAGGGGCCCGGAGUGCGUACUGUCUCGAAUGGACGCGCUGAGAGAAGUGACCGACAUGGGACAGAAGGUGAUCUUUCAGCUAGAGAAGUAUAUUGAUUAUAUCUCUGUUCGCGGACUGGACGAUAAGAGCAAACGGCCUGGACAGACAUGGGGUUUUGCAAAUUUUAUGUUGAGAAAUGCUCUUCUCUCCUCGGACCGGAAUGAUUCCAACAUAAAAACCUAUCUGGAUACUCCGAGGGAUCAGGAUAUUGUCGAGUACUCGGCGAUCAACCGGACAUACCAUCUGCCCCGGGUUCAGGUCCUUGAAAAGAUAUACCAGAGCUUUGGUUCGUUCCUUGGUUUGGCGGAAAUGGGGGUGAGACACCUUAUAAGGCGGAAACGGAGCCUAACCGAGCUUGCGUUAGAGGCAUAUGAGAAAAUUCUGGAUAGGAUCCGUCGAAACACAGAGUUGCUAUCCAACGCACCAUUAGAGGGAAGUGGUGAAGGCCCUGGCGUCCCCUUCUACGGGAAGGAUAAGCAUGCUUCGAGGCACUACGCUCGGGUCCAAGUGGUAGAAAAGAUAGUCCAACAGCAGGAGAGGGCGAUCUUCCUGGCCAUCGAGUGUUUGCGAGUAAGCCCGCUCCGGCGAUUGACCAUCCGGAGAGUCUGGUUCGGAACCCCGCCAACGCACCCCUUUCCGCCUUAUAAAGUUCUACGCUUUGGUGGUGCACGGCGAUAUUCCACGAUUGCCCCUCGACCACCCAGCAGUUCUAUGCCUGGCGUGCCUAUGGGGCUGCCUCGAAAUUCCGGGAAAAAGACUCGCUCGAUAAGGGAGAGAUUUGAAGAGAAGGAAAAGCUCAGAAAGGAUGCUCUGGAGGGGAUUAGCCCUAAUAUCGCAAUGAAAGAUCUCUCAGCCGAAGUGGUUCCAAGUGUGGAUUCAACGGAUGAUAUUCUUGGACAUAAUUGGGAGGGCCUCGGGGAUAUGUCAGAACUCUUAGACGCAAGCGCAGCGAAGCCGCUGGAGAUUGGAGAUCUAAGUGAGGUUCGGUGAGUACGGUCGAUCCCAAACCCUUCAAACCCUUCUCCCGGGUGCGCGAGUGCUGAUAGGUCGUCCAGGAGCGGGAACCAAGCGGAAUUGGGACUUUAUCUCAGACCUACGCCCGGCGGUGAGCCAACCGCUGACUUUUUAAUGACAAGCGGGAACAUUGUCCAACGCCACCUCCCCCGAAUCACCUUUUCCGUCUCGGAAUUUGUCCCAAGGGCUAGGGUCGAGGGUUUUAUCACGUACUACGGCCAGAUGAUCAGGAAGAUGAGUGAAAUUAACGGGUCGGAGUCAGACCCCGGUGAUAUCGCCGCUCCCAGAAGUGUCACGGAAGACAUACUGGACCCAGUCCGCCGAUUCGGGGCGGCGGCAGCGAGGCUCUACGCGGCACACCGGCCUGCUUUUGACGGGCUUUAUACAAAAUGGGCUGACGAGACAGAAGAGCGAAAGAUCACCUUAUACGAAGCGACGGAGCUGGCCUUUGGCGUGGGCUGUAACAAGGAUCCCAAUUACAACGCGAUGCUUUACGCUGCGCACACAGCCCUCAUGGGCGAUGGGUUGCACUUCAUGGGAGACAGGGGUAUGCACAGGGCCACGAACGUCUUCAGGGUUCGGAGCAAGAAGGAUAUUAGAAUGAUUGACUCCGUGACAAAGUUGAUCAGGAAGACCGCCGACGAGCAACAGGCUAGCGAUGAAUCUAGCCGAAAGCCAGCAGAGGACACUGGACGGAGAAUCAUGGCCAAAUUUAUUGAGAAGGCCAACUACUUGAUCGACCUAAGCCGGGAGUACGAGAAAGAGGUCCUAGUUGGCAGGAAGAAGGGUGCGCCGUUGGUUGAGACGGAGGAGAUUGAAGAACUCAAAUGGGAUGAGAAUGACAAGUUUUUCAUCGAGUAUGUGAAGGCUAGGGUUCUCAAAUACGGUCUGCAAAAGACCCCCAUUGAUGGACUCGCCCCAGUGAUCCUGAGAGCUACGAAUAGAUAUGGUGAAGUUCUGGAUGCGCUUGCGGCGGAUACCUUUUUGAGGGAGAUAGGUGCCUGGAGUAAGUGGGAGAAUACCAGUUUGCAUCAGUCCGACUUGGAUCUUCCGGGACUGGGUAGGUCCGAGCUUGGAGACGAGGACGAGAAUAAGCUCCAGAUUUUGAGUCAGAAAGACGCAAUCGAGGGGUUAGGGUUCACGGAUGCCAUGCAUACUGUUCGGAAAGACUGGGGAGACAUGGAAGUGUUCACAAUCGAUGACCCUGACGCACACGAGAUUGACGAUGGCGUUUCACUGCAAAGGGUAUCCGGUACUGAGAAUUGGGUGCACGUCCACAUCGCAAAUCCCGCGGCAUUCAUACCGGAAGACCACUGGAUCACUGAGAUUGCCAAGCGGAGAGCCACAUCACAUUACCUCCCGGAUAAGGUUUACAGCAUGCUUCCAGGGGCAAUCACCGGUGUAUUCUUGGGCGUAGCGCCGAACAAACCAGUAAUGUCCGUAAGCAUAAAAGUCAACGACAACGGCGAGAUUCUCGACUACAAAAUCCAUGCAGGCUUCGUCCGGAACGUGCGAAGGACAACCUAUGACGCUGUAGACCGCGCAUUGGGUAGCUACAGAACUACCGAAUUCAAAGUGGACCUAAGGAUCGGCAAGCUCCCAGAGAGCCAGGGAGUCGCGCCGGGGGUAAAUGGGUUUACUCCCCAGCAGCGCCGCGAUUUACAGAAGCUCCGGGAGAUAGCCCUCGCGGUGCGCCGUCGCAGAACCAGAGACGGAUUGAUCGCAGCUUCGCCCAUGAAUCUGCGCGUAGAGGUGGACAACGGCCUCGGAUCCCAAAACCAUCCUUACAACUCCAACUACCCUGUCCUCUAUCGCGGUCAUCCAGCAGUGCGCCUGACAGUGGCCGACCCAAUGGACGUCGAGUAUCGGGAUUCCCAGUUGAUGGUGUCCGAGAUGAUGUCCCUAGCAAACAACGUCGUAUCCAUCUGGUCCCGCGAGCGCGGGCUCGCAAUGCCGUAUCGCGUAAUGGAGUACGACUACCGGCGCCCGGAUGUCGUUCGAGCCAUCGAAGAAACCGUGCUACCACGGCGCACAGACCUCGGCCGCUCACCCUUUGAAUCGGCAAUCCGCUGGCUAAUGCUCCUGGGACAAACCCGCCUCCAAGCCAGACCGGGACCGCACAUGCUCAUGGGUUUGCCGACUGGUUACACCAAAACCACCAGCCCGCUACGUCGGUACUCGGACAUGCUCGCGCAAUACCAGAUUCAAUCGGUUCUGCUAGGCCAGUCACCCAAGACCCGCGCACAGCUAGAGCCAAUGUUAGCCUCCGUCCAGCGGACGGAACAGACGGCGAGGCAUAUCUCAAAAGAAGCCAGCCGCCUCUGGUCCGCUGUGGCUAUAAAACGCGCCUGGGAGACCGGGCUGGAGAAGUACACGUUCCCAAAGAAGCUCAGCUUCCUGGUCAUAGAGAAGCAUCACUCGCCUACGCCGUGCAAUGGCUUCGUCCGCGAGUUGGGACUCGCGGGCAAGAUGCGCUUUGCGGAUAAGCGCGAUGAGGAUAAGAUCCAGGUUGGCGACGUGGCCAGCGUCAAGAUUUGCGAUGUUAGGCUCUCUGAGCGCUAUGUCUGGGUUGAAUUUACGGGGGUGGUGGUGGAGGCUCCCGGGCUUGAGGUUUAG